CGGCUCUUCUGUUGUGAUCAGAAGCCAGGCCCUAGAAGAAAGUUGGUAUUGAAGUUUAGCUGCCGUAAGAGCCUCUUUUACAGCAAAAUCACAAUGAAACUCUUCCUGCUUAUCUCUUUGCUACUUGGCGUAUGUCCACACUUGGCAGAAAGUUCAGGAUCUUGGACAUACCGCGACCCGGAGGGGCCUAACACGUGGAAACACCACUUCGAGGAUUGCGGAGGUCAUGAACAGUCUCCGAUAAACAUUGUACCAAAAGAUACUCUUUUCGAACCGGGGCUUGCCGACCUCGUUGUCAACUACGAGAACAAUGUUUCUGCCAAGCUAUUCAAUAAUGGACAUACCGUUCAGGCGACUUUUUUAACCGGCAAGUCCGAUAUUUCCGGUGGAAAUCUGACUUCGCGUUUUCGCGCUCUACAAAUGCAUUUUCACUGGGGCAACAAGAAUUCGCGCGGUUCAGAGCAUCAGGUCGGUGGAAGAAAAUUUCCCUUGGAAAUACAUAUUGUACACUACAAUGCGGAAAAGUACCUUAGCGCAUCGGAGGCUCUGAAAAAGGGAGAUGGCUUAGCAGUUUUGGGAAUAUUGGUCGAACUUCAGGCUCAAGACAACCCGGUUUUCAGUGCGAUAGUGGAUAACCUUGAGAAAGUUCGUUAUAAAGACAACGAAAUAAUUUUGCCUUAUCUUCAGCCUUUUUCAUUCUUACCACACGACAUUGCUCAAUAUUACACUUAUAGAGGCUCGCUUACUACUCCUGGAUGUUAUGAAAGUGUGCAGUGGUUUGUGUUCAAUCACACUUUUCCUAUAUCACAAGUUCAACUGGAUAAAUUCAGAGAUCUUUUUGACGGUGUAAAACAAAACACAAAGAAAUUGCCCUUGGGCGACAAUUAUAGACCCGUCCAGCCUCUACAUGCGAGAUCUGUCAUCCGAAGCUUCAAGCGCCCUCCAUUUCCAUGUGGCAAGACAUCAAAUAACACUUUGGAUUGCUUGGGAUUCGCUGAUGACAAGGCAGUAUUUUAUGAAGCGACAGUCAAUAUGUGCACUCAGCCAGCCACAGUAACCUUAAGAGUUUCUCAACCAGAGACCAAUUUUAGUUAUGUUGGAACUUUUUACAAAAGUGUCAACCCCCCUAUGCAAAUAGGAGAUCUUGAUUAUGCAUUCAGCGUGGAAAUGCAUACUGACCUAAGUCAGAAAAAUGAGGAAACUUUGCGUCUCUCAAUUAUUCAAGUACAUCCACUGUCGACAAAGUACAGAGAAGAACUGGUAACUGCAAGUUUCAAGGAAGAAAUUUGUCAACUGGGAAGUUGUUCUCUUAUGGAGGAGGAUGGAUCUUCUUGCAACAAGCAUUGGUGUGAGCACAUUCCUAUUGGCAUUGGCAAAGAUACCCAUUUCAUUGGUGUGUCUUCCACCUUCCAUGACAUGUCAACUGACAAUCCUUCAGUUAAUGUUAAUUUUUAUCGCAACGAGUCUGGGAAAUGGCAUCGUACUGCCUCAGAAAAAUUUACCAAUGAUGACGAAAAGAGGGUUCACUUAUUUGGGACAUUUGUGACCAGUAAGGAGCAUGCAAGGAAGCGAAGAAUGGCUGGAGGAUCUGAAGAGUGGGAGUUUGUAACCUUCAAAGCCAAGAUUGGCAAAAUGGCAGAUAAAGUUUCUUACCAGCUGUUUAUGGUUCCCUCUGAGAGACUAUAUCACAAAGUUAUAAAGGACGAAUUCUCACUGGACUGUGAAAAGCAUUACCCAACUCCAACUACAUUGGACUACAAAAGUAAGAUUGCUAUUGUGGCAUCAGUGGUGUCAAUGGUGGCGUUACUUGCAGGUGGUACUCUAGCCAUGUUUUACUGUAAGAGGAAAGAUUUGAGGCGUGGCAGCCGCCAUAGGCCUGCACUGAUCGAAGAAAUGGAUGAUAAUAGAUUGUGAACUUAGUGAUGAAAUCUGAUGGUGCUGGGAUUGGAAAAGGUCAUCAACUAUUAUUGUAAAUUCAAUCUUUAAGUGUGACUGUUAACUUAGUUUAAAACAGUUGUUCAUGCCCAGCUGCUGGGCACUGUUUUUGUUUUUUAUUUUUUUUAACUUAGAAUAAUUUAUCUAUUAAAUUACCUUUGGAAAGGAAGGAAAUUAAAUCUGGACAGGCCUGUUUUUUUUUUUAA